UUCGCGGCUUCGCGGCACCGCGGCAUCCUCUGCGGCCGAGCUGGCGCGGCAGGAGCUGCUGGCCAAGUGGACCGGCGAACUUGCCAGCGGCGAAGAUGGGCAGGAGGGCAUGCAGCAGUGCCCCUACCUGCAGGAAAUGAAGGAGCGACUCGUCCUGCAGGGAGCCGACCCGGAGCAGCUGCUGCUCGUCACCACGAAGACCAUCAAGACCGUCAAGACCAUGGACAAGGACGUCCUGGAGGUGCACCAGGACCCCGCCGUGGGCACGGUCGUCAAGCUGAACGCUGGCGGCUACGGGCAGCACACCUCGCCGGCACACAUCCCCCUCAUCAGCCGGGAGCCGCGCGCCCACGACCACACCAUCCCCAAGAACGCCAAGACUUCCCUGUUCAUCAUUCUGAGUUUCAUCUACGCCAAGCUCCUCGUCGUCGUCUGCAUUGCCUUUGUAGUUUCUGAAGUCGCCAACAACGCCCUGCCCCUGUUCUACUACGAGGGCUUCUUCUCCUACCUGUACGGCGCCAGCAUCUUCUUCCUGCUCUACGUGUUCUGCUUCCUGCUGCAAGAGUCGGCGUGCUGCGCGGGCAGCCCCGACGCGGCGGAGCGCGAGCGCCUCAAGCGAGAGACGGCCGCCAGCAGGCAGCGCGAGAAGGACCGCCAGAAGGCCGCCAAGGAGAAGGAGAAGGCGGACAAGGACAAGGCCAAGAAGGACAAGAAGGACGACAAGGGGAAGGGCGGCAAAGGGGAUGCCGGUGCACCGCCCGCGCCCCCCCAGCCCGACGCCCCGGCCGGGGCCAAGCAGGCCCUCUACCCGAGGCAGGAAGGCUAUCCUCGUAAGAUGAGAGAUGUGGUGAAAAUGAAACAGCAGCAACACCAACCGCAACAGGAGCCGUUGCUUGUGGGCCAGUCUGCCGUUUACUGCCAAGAUGCUGUCGAAAUGGAAGGAGGUUUGGACCGUCCAGUUGGAAGGAAACGCAAGACAUCUCAAAACAAUUCCAGCCAUGGUAGCUUCUUCCUUCGUGUUGGUGCCAUUGCUUUUGGACUGGGCACCAUGAUUUACACUGGUCUUGAGUUCGGUACUUUCUUUGAGACACCCAUGUCAUCUACCAAAUGCUACAACAUUCUGCGUGGUCUCAAUCCACUUCUCCAGAUGGUUUUCACAUUUAUGCAGAUGUAUUUCAUCUUUAUGAACUCUCGGCUCAACAUCCACCGCUUCAAAGUGAUUGCUCGCUUUGGCCUCAUGCACAUUGUGGCCACUAAUAUCUGUGUGUGGAUCCGCACUCUCAUGCUUGAGAGCAUAAAGGAAAUCUCAGUUUAUAUGGCUUUGAGUGAUCAAGGAAAGCAGGCUCUCCUCACAACCCACGCUACUCCACUGUUCUAUGGAAAUGGCAAGGGGCUGUCUGGUCUGGGACUCGGCAAGUCUCUCAGCACCACUGGCAAGACUGGAGGCACCAACUACGGCCAAACAGGAGGUGGUUACGGACAGACCGGAGGCAACUAUGGCCAACCUGGCGCAGGUGGAAUAAUUAGUGGCUACGGAGCCAAUGACCUAGUUGAGACUUUCCAGCCCAACCCUCUGCGAAGUGCAAACAUGGUUGUGAGCACGGUUGCUACCGCUGGCUCAUAUGCAGUGAAGGCAGCCCAGACCACCAUGAGCACGCUUGCAUCCACUGCUGCUACCACGUUGAGAACCCUGCCAACCACUCUAUCCACUUCCACAACUACCACUUCCACUACGACAACCACGCUACCCCCAUCCUCCACAACCCCUUUCUUGACCACGCUGGCAAGCACAGCCGCGUCCACCCUGGUCUCAACCACCACCUCCACAACCCCACAGUCUGUGCUACGACAAACUUUUGCCACCAUGAUGCCAGAUGCUCCUCGAAUGCCGUUUGACCAUGAUGCUGGUAUUAAAAUGGGAGGAAAUGACGAGAUGGGGGGCACCUUGCCUGUGGCUGAAGCGUUGAAAGCUCUGGCAUUUAACUUGACUGGACAGCGAAUGCUGGACUCUGAAAGCUGUGUCCGCAUCAACAUCAUGGGCAACAUUGUGCGGGACGCUGCUCCUUACUUGUACCCCUUCAUCAUCGAGUACUGCCUCAUUGGAGCUGCUGUUGUGUACAUUAUGUGGCGGCACAUUGGUUACAACCCAAGAUAUGUAACUGAGGAGGAUCUGGAACAGCGCUUGGAAGCAAUGCUUUCUCAGAGAGCUGUAGCCAUUGCUCGUGCUCAACAUGGCCGAGUCGACUGUGUUGGCGCCAGCAAAGGCCUUUUCUUCGGACUGCUGCUCCUCGUAGGCUCUCUCAUCUGCCUCAUCUUGUUCUUUGUCUUGAUCCGCCACCCUGAGCUUGGAAUUCUCGCAAUUUACUUGGCUGACUGCUCUCAUUCCAUCGUCAUGGUGCUCAGUAUACUGGCCAUCAUUAUAGGAUUCUGCAGCAAUAACUGUUGUGUUGACAGUUUUGGAUAUCUCUCAUGUGAACAGCAGGAUCAGGAUCAUGAGCAGUUUGAAAUGGAGCAACGCGAUGAGGAUAAUGAUACUGACAAUGAACUAGAACACCUUGCGCAGCAUGUGCGCCAUGAACCUUUUAACAUGGUCCAGAGUCUGAAAUUCAAGCGAGAUGAGCAGAGCGACUUGAAUGACAUCCUUCUCCGUGUGUCAGCCUUCGGCCUCUUCAUAUACGCUACAUUCAGUGUCAUUGCUGGUUCUUUGCUGGCCACAAAAAAAGAGCCCAACAUGCUUGUCACAGUGACCAGUGCUCUGUCAGUCCUCCAGGUGGUCCUUCAGCUCCUCUUCAUCGCGGACGUGUCCCGCCGCCGGGUGCACCUGCCCGAACACGACCGCAGCAAACCGGGAAGGCAGAUCGUCACCUUCCUCUUGAUUUGCAACGUUGCCAUGUGGGUCAUAUACACGUUUGAGAUGCAAAAGGUUGCUGCCAACCCAGUCCAGCUUGAUUUCUACGGGUACCUUACCUGGGCCCUGGUGCAGCGCUUCACUUUGCCCCUUUGUGUGUUCCACCGUUUCCACUCCGCUGUGACUCUAGCAGAAAUAUGGAAGACCAGCUACAAGGCGCGAUUGGAAUAAGCUGAAAUAAAAUUGUGGCUGGUUUCUUCUGGGUCAAGCUGGAAAGUACAAAUGCAAAUCGUGAAUGUAAGAUGAAAGUCAAGAGAAGACAUGUAAUUUUUAUUCAUGUAAAUGUGGUUGAGGUACCACUGCACUGUGUACAUUCGCAAUUGGGAGAAAGUUAUCUUCAAGCUAGUCAUUUGUGAUGAAGGGAGCAUGAAAUCAGCAUGUAAAAGGGUGAUCAGAGUCAUUUUCUCAGUGAAACUUAAGCUCUUUCCCCUCAUUUUAAUUUGAUUAUGAUUACACCCUGUGAUAGAACAAAGAUGCAUUUCCACCCUGAACCUAGCCAGUUCAUCAGGACUGUAUCAUUUCAAAAACAAAAAAUCAGCUCAAAUUAUUGGUCAGACUGUAUUACCUGACCGUUUGGUUACCAACUGUAUAGCACAUUUUAUAUUUUGUGGGCUGCCAGGAAAUUGUGAACAAUGAAGUAGUGCUUUGACUACAUGUGUUGAAAAUGCCAAAGUCAAAAGGCGACCUGAGAAUAUGUUGCUACCAACUGUGUCAAAUUUGUAGUGAUUGUACAUUUUCUUUCUAUAAUACUCUAUGCAAUUUUUGUGUAUUUACAGUAAUCAUGAAAUUCAUUCAUUCACAUGUAUGUCAUUUCCAUAGCCAUUGUCUUGAAGCAAAUUAAUUAGAAAAUCUUUUCUUUACUAAUUUGAUAUCCUCAUCUUCUAUAGCAUUAGGAAGAUAUGUAGAUACUGUUGGUUAAGUGUUAAGUCCAAAGCCGAGUAAAAGUAAUCAUUUCCUUGUGCUUGAAAGCUAUAUUCCAAGUUAUUUUCAUUGUACUGUUUCGUAACAUAGCUGUUAGCAUCAUAAAUUUUUCAACAUUCUUAUGUGCCUGUACUUCUUUUAUGCCGUAAAUGUAUCUUUCCAUUCCUAUUAGGAUUUGUAUCCCAUAUGGUUUCAUAUUGGUAUUACACUUACUCCAAACCUUGACUGAUGUGGGUGUAAGUCACAAUUAUUCAAAAAAGUAACUCUCUUUAACCUAGUCUCAUUUACAAUCCUUAUUGACUGACAUCCUGACAUUCAUCAGUAUUCUUGACAGAACUGAAACAUGUCGUAUGUGAAGACAUCAGUCAAUGAUUUACUGUGGCAAAUCAAAGCUUUGUACAUUUCACAAUUUUUUAAUCCUCGGGGCCAUAAUCUUUUGUGUGUUCUUGGUCUUGUUUGAUUUUGAGUAGCAUUAGGAGUCGAUAAUUAACUGUCAACAGCUCAUCGGGUAGUACUUUUGGAGACAUCCAUGGGGAAAUGAAGUUGUAAAAUACAUACACAUCUAUUUAUUUACACUUGAAACCAUUUAACCCUUAAAAUUUGUGAAACCGCCCAAUAAAACUAAAGUCAAUAACAGGAAUUUUGUUUAGAUCCUAGCUUAGAUCUUUCAUGGCUUGUAGUCAGCAAUUCUAUAAAACAGAAAUAAGGCAGAAAUUGAUAUGUAUACAUUUGAGCAAACUGAUCCUUCUUCAAAAUUUUAGUGCAUGCUGAUGAUGGCAUUCCUAAAGAGAUAGACAGAAGUUCAAAGUGAAGCGGACAAGGCCAAUGUGUUGUAACUCAACUCGCGCAUUGAUAUGGAGAGGGAUGUUUUUUUCCCUAGACUAUCAUGUACGUACCUUAUCUGCAAUACUCAGCCUGAAGUUGUGACAUUGUAAAUUUGUAUUUAUAAAUAUUUUCUUUUGUGUCAUACUGUAACUAUAAUAGCAACAUAUUUAUAUUUAUAAAAAAAAAACAAUUUUAGUCUGUUUACUGCUGAUUAUUUUAAAGUUUCCCAAUGUUAAUUAUAUAUAUUAUUUAUUUUGUACAUAAUGUUUGUGCCUAUUUUUAAUAGGACCCAUUUCCUUUACAAAAGCUCACAAAUCUGUAGAAGCAUGGUGGGGGCUUCUGCACUCCCCAUUGCUGGGUAGUUUGUUUUCCUUUGCCCAUGAUUUUGUUCUUGUUCCCUGUCUUUGGUACGUGACUCCAUGUCCUGAGACUAUUUUAAUAAGUAGCCAGUAUGUUCACAGUUGUGAACCACCUGCUGUCAUGUGAUGAACUGCAUUUUCUUCUUAAUUUUUGUUAAUUUAAAAAUCCCUGUCAUUUUUCUUUCUUAAUAAAAAGACAGUGGGGAAUUUUUUUGUGUGAAACUUCACCGCCACAGUGUGUUCUUAAUUGUUAUUGUUUUGUAAAGCACAUCACCUUGCAAGAUACCAUUUAUAAAAUAAUUUGAGAUAGCUGUGCAACAGCCUAAGUUGAAAGCCACCAACAAGUAAGCUGAAGGGACCAUGGGGGAGACAGCAAGGAAAGAUUGGAAGAACACUUAGGAGUGCUUGCUAGUUUUAGAGCUAGUUCAAGAUUCCCCUUCAUGAUAUUGCUUCAAAGUACUUGGAUUGUGCUGUGCCUUGAAGUCUCUAGAAUAACUCUUUAACAUUUUCAUGUUGAGGGGUUUUAUUUCUCUGAAAGUUGAAUCCUCAUUCAGUGAAUUUGUAACUGUGUCAUUUUCUGAGACUUCCAUUCAUUUCGCUAAGUGCACCAUUUCCUCACAAUGUGAUUUGAAUUGCACAUGUAUGUCUUUGUGUGUCUGUUAAAGGUCAUUGUUUACACAAUUUCCUUGAGUCAAGUAUGUUUUGAUCACUGCUUUCAAAAUUUUAUGUUUCAUUUUGAUCUACAUACUUUCUUUGCCAUUAAACUUUUUUUUUUCUUUUAACAAAAUGAACAUGUAUUUCUCUGAUCUUUGUGACCAGCAAAGACCAUACAUAGAUCAUGUGUUUCUCAUCAAUCAAGCUGUAAGCUUUCUGAGCUGCUCAAAGUGAAGUCAAAUUGCAUAGACUGGUCCGGUGAAAAAGUUAAAUGGAAAUGGGCAAAUAACAAAGGCAUAUUUCCAAUAUAGAAUUUUCUCAUGACCCAGCGUUUAGUUGUUCUUGUGUUUUUGUUCAAUUUAUGUACCUGUUUUAAGAAGGACCUGCUUGUUCUUGACCAACCAGCUAUUUAAUCGAUGUUAUAUAAUUCAUUCCCAGUACUGGAUGGAACCAACUGCCUUAAACAUUUCAAAAAGAAAUUCAUGAAGAAAGUUAUGUCAACCUUUGCUUCACAACACGUAUCACUGCCAUCUCCAUCAACAGUAGUAAUAGUAAAGUCAAAUCAAUAGACGACUCGUAUUUACCAAUUUCCUAGAAUUUUUUUAAUGUGUUAUGUGAUAGGCACAUUUUUUAUGUGCUUUGUUGUAUGAUAGCGUAGAAUUAAGGCAUACCGCUGUAAUAGAGCUGAGUGAGCACAGAGUGAUUAGGAAAAGAGUUUGUGAUGGGAGUGUGUGAUUGAGAGUAUACGCUUUGCUGCUGCUGCAGUUGCUGCUACUGGUUGUGUGUUUGUAUUUGUCUUUCUCAGGUGUAUCUUGCCUAGUGCCACUUUAUAACACAAACAUUUUCUUUAAUUAGAUGGGUAAGCCUGGAACAUAAGUGUCUUGUUAAGAACUAAAGCAAUCAAGGAGAUCACAAUAUUCAGAUUGUUAUAACAUACUGUAACUCUCUAGUAAUUCUGACUCAAUUCAUACCAAAGUGGAUUUAGUGGUUCUAUCUAUGUGAGGCAUGCACAUAUAAGUGCAGACACACUGCAAAAAGUCUGAAGGUACUCAUUAGACUUCAGAGGUGGCAUUUCUUUCAGAAUGGUAGCAUAUGGAUCACUAUUGGGAGUGUGUGUUGGAGGAAUAUUUCUUAAUAAUUUAAAAUUAUCAGAAAAAAAUUGGUCUUUCCUAGGGAGUAUUCAUCUGCCUUGGUGGUGUGCAAGACUCUUUCUCAUAGUUCAGUUGUAAAAUUUGUCUGUCUUGUGUGAGACUUGUUCCUAUAUAGGACUAAUCUUUGUCUCAUUAAUGGCUCAAUUUUAGAAAACACUUGUGUAUCAGAUGAAACUUUCAACAAAAGAAAAUGUCAUGUUUAGCAUGUGGUGUAUAGUUAGUGCUAUAAAGAUAUAAAUUUGGUGAAAGACCGGUAAUCUUAGACGUUUUGUGCAGAUCUUGAAAAAAGACAUUUUUUUAAAAGUCUUAUUACAAAAGAGGUGACCAAAGUUAGAGUUUUUACUCUGGUCAAUUCUUUUGUGAUAGACAUUUUGUUGAAUCAUGUUAUGAGCUGCCGUUUUAACAAAAAAGAAGCAGUUGAUCUGAAGAGCCUCUAAAAACUAUUGCAUUUCUGACCAGGAUUUGUUCGUUCCGCCAACAGGUAUGCCAUGGAACAUGUUCUUUUUAGCAGCAUAAGCAACAUGUUUUGUACAAAUUUAGCGUCUUUUGGAAUCCUAAGGGAGCCAAAACCCAUUUCUGUCCAUUGACACCUUUCCUUUCAAAUUAAUUUUAGAAGAAAAAAAAACCAUCUUAAUUGUAUCAAAAGUUGACAUGUAAAUUGACUUUGUACACAUUUCAAUAUCUGAAAUAAAACCACUAUGAAUAAACUUGCAA